UCACACAAUGAGGAAAGGAAGAUAUAUUUUAAGAGUUCUGGUGACCUUGAGCCUGGCCUUCAAGUAUUCAAGGUCAGAGGAUCCGUGUGCGGACCUGGACCCCGAUGGAUGCCGAGCCAACCCCCAUCUAUGUAGAGACCCUCUUCUCGCUGAAGUCACAUGUCCUGUCACGUGCCGUACCGGAUGCGCAUUAGUCCCUACCACCACCCUCACAGCCGUCCCCAUACACCCAGCAUCCGGUGUGGUAGGUGGUCACGUGAUGGGCCACAGCACAUUGGUUACCGACACUCUUGUUCACUUUAACGACUCCGGCGCCUGGAACCACGGACGAAUCACCGGCAUUCGGAUGCAGUGCGGCCAGUAUUUGCUUGCCAUGCUGAUCCAGUACAACGACGUGUGGGCUCCAAAACAUGGUUUCUGGACCGACAACUGUGCGACCAACACAUCCUGGACGCCCUUUUACUAUUUUGGAAAGGACGAGUGGAUACAACACGCAGAGUUGACAGGUUCGUGGUACACAUCCAGCGUCACCUUCACCACCAACAAGCGGCGUCUGGAGACAUGCGGGGUCCCUGAGGCGGGCGCUGAAUUCCGUGAGGGUGGCAGACUGGAGUAUGUGUUCGGUGUAUUCGGAUGCUACUUUGACAGCCUCCAGCUUCACUGGUCUUCUUAUGUGUCUUUAUAAACCAGUUAAUUUGUCCUGUGAAUCCACCAAA